AUGUCUGGAUCAGAACAUUCCACAAGCCUGAAAGAAAUAGAGGAGUCAAAGGAUAUUUCUAAAAAACUUGAACCCCAUCACAUAAAAUGUAUUUCUCCAGAGAAAAGUCAAUUUUCGAAGCAAAAGCACCAUUCUAUCAAACGUCGUGAUAAAAGGAACUUCGAAGUGCCUUCUUCUAAGGCUAAAUAUGUGUUAUCUUCUUUGAAAUUGGGUGCAGCAAUCUUCAGUUCUAAAUAUGGAGGGAACAACUGCUUCGGGUUAUAUGGUCUGAAGCUUGAUAUUCAUGAUGUCACAAAACUUAUGGAUGUGCCACCAUUGGAUAAGCUGCUCAUGGGCACUUUUGACUUCCCUGGUUUGAACAAAGUUAAAGAGAAGAAGACAUCAAAUACGAGUGAAAGAUUUUUGAAUUCAUUUAGAAACGGGUACUCUAUCCCUCAGUUCCCGAAGUCUGUUCAUAUGGCUGAGAUGGAUAGUUCCUCCAACAAGAAAAUGUCCACUUGCCCAAUGAGUUCAGUUUGUGCAGUAGGACGUGGUAGUAAUGGGAAUAAAGAGCAGUCUUGCGCAUCGGAUAUGUCUUCAUGUCAAAAGGAUCCUUGCGGCGAAAAUGAAAGUCCCUCUUGUCCACUUGACUUUCCGUUAUGUCAACUUACGGAUGUCUUGGAACGGAUUGCAUUCACUCCAUCCGAGGACUUGGAAUCUUUGCUCCUUGACAUGUCCAAGCUUGCUGUUACCACAAAGGGCAGUAAUAAUCUACAUUCUGGCAAGCAGGUAUGUUGUCGGCCUAACUUGCCAUCAUUUGCAUGGGCACAUGCUUUUGGUGGCCAUUAUAGAGUUAAUUCAGACGCAGUUAAGUUAUCAACAAGUAGAAGCACAUGCCAAGGUAAAUGGGCAAGGAUAGGUGUAAUUACUAGCUCUACUGAUAUUGAUUGUGGUUGCUUCACAAACCUUGAUUCGUUUAGUUAUGAUCAGAGCCUUGUUCCUUCAACUGGUAGUUCAGACAAUAAAGUAUUUCCAUCUUUGUUUGCUAAUCUUCCUUUCUGUCAGUGGAAUUCAUCAUCUCCUGUAACAUGUUAUAAAGAUCCUGAGGCUACUGCAGGUACAAAUUUUUCUUUGGCUACCUGAAUAUCUGUUACUGUUUAUAUAAAUAUAGCUAAUUUAUUUUUCAUCUUCUUUCCCCCACACCCUGUAUGAUGUUAUUGAAUACGACACGU